GGUAUCAGAGCUUAUUCUUCCUUCCGCAACAAGAUUUCUCAUUCAGAUCCUCAUCAUCGAGCUUCGAUCUCCAUGAUCUGAGCUCAUUUUUCUUCUUCUUGACCUUCGUUUAUCAUAGAUCGGGCUUUGUUUCAUCUUUUUUGAGCUCCGAUUGCUCUUUUUCAUCUUCUGUUGCUCGCGUGUUUCUGGUUUCGUUUCAAUGGCGGCUCCGACUCGCGAUUCUUAUGACAAUCCUUAUUUUCUCACUAAUAAUGAUCAUUCCGGUUUGGUUUUGGUCUCCGAUCGUCUCACCGGAGCUGGUGAUUUUGGUUCGUGGCAUCAAUCGAUGAUUAUGGCGCUAAAUGGACGUAAUAAACUCUGUUUUGUUGAUGGUAGUCUCCCGAAGCCAGAUGAUGCUAAUCGUGAUGCUGCGGCCUGGUCCAGAGUUAACGAUGUGGUACGUUCUUGGUUGAUGAACUCCGUUUCUAAAACAAUUGGUCAGAGUGUGUUGUAUGUGAAAACUGCUCAUGGAAUUUGGCAAAAGCUACUACAACGUUUUAAGCAGAAUAAUGUCCCUCGCCUUUAUCGGAUUGAACAGAAACUUGCAGGUCUUCGUCAAGGAUCCAUGGAUGUUAAUACUUUUUACACCAAAUUAGUCACCAUUUGGGAAGAAGUUAAGAGUGCACAGGAUUUUCCUGUUUGUCAAUGUGGUGGUUGUGAGUGUGAAAUUGAUCGCAAAUGGAUGGAUUUGUUUGAAAGGAACUUUGUGAUUAAGUUUCUCUUUGGUUUAAAUGAUUCUUAUGAACAUGUCAGAGAGUCAAUUGUGAUGAAAGAUCCUUUACCAGACUUGGAAAAGACAUUGAACUUGGUUAUUCAGCAUGAGCAUCAGCAGGAAAUCAAGCAAGUACCUCAGUCUGGUUCAGUGGUGUUUCAAAUGAGUUCUCAAAAUUCUCAGCCUUCUUUUGAUUCAAAUUAUCAGGCUCCAGUUCCUGACAAUUGUUCAGGAUAUAAUGAAGUUGUGGGUGCUGUUUCAGGAGGAUUCAAGCCUAGGCAGAGACCAGUGUGUACCUACUGUGGUUUACAAGGACACAUUGUUACUAAAUGUUACAAACUGCAUGGUUACCCUCCUGGUUACAAGACAUCUGCUCAAUCUUAUGGAAAUCAACAAAAUUUUGGAUCUUCUUCUCAGUCUUAUGGAGUACCACAGAAUGCUCCUUCUGUUUUCGCUCCUAAACAGUUUCAGCCGCGUCCUCCUGUUUCCUCUUCACAGCAACAAUUUGGACAACAAUUUAACAAUCAGCCAAGGAUGCCUAAUCCAAAAGGUUCCAGAGAUAAUGUCGUUGGCAAUGUUAUUACGAAUUCUCCUGCAGUUCAAGAUCAUUUUCAUCAGGUCUCAAAUGCAUUGGCUCAAUUAUCUCCAGAACAAAUUGAACAGUUGGCUUCUCAACUUACCAAUAAAGCUAGUUGUCAGAUGCCAAGUAUAAAUGAGUCUCCUGGUGUCAAUUAUGCCUCUACAUCUGCAGGAGUUUACUCGGGGCUUGAUGAUUGGUAAAGGUCGGUUACAAAAUAAACUCUACUUUCUGGAUUUAGAGUCUUCACCAUCAUCACAGUCUCCAUCUUCAUCUCUUAUUUGCAAUCUCUCUG